AUGGAUAAGAAGCAAUGGAGGGAAGCAGUGAGCCUUAGUUCUUUCAUUGUUUGGACAAUCUGGAAAGCUAGAAAUGAUACUGUCUUUGGCAGGAAAAAAUGGAGUCCAGGUGAGGUCAUAUCACUGGCGUCUCAAGCUUUUCAUGAAUUUUGUUCUGUUAUAGACUGCCCUCAAAACAACAUUUCACAAGCUUCUUAUCACAACAUAGAAAAGACCAAAUGGACUCCUCCUACUACUCCUUCCAUAAAGGUAAAUUGUGAUGCGUCUUGGAGCCCAAAUCAUAGUAAAUGUGGGUUGGGUAUUGUGAUUAGAGACUCUAGCAUUUCAGUUCUCUUGGCGGUGUUUGAAGUUUCAAGUUUUGGAAGCAUCUUGGAAUGGGAAGCCCUUGCAGUGCGCAGUGGACUUUUAGAGGCAAUCUCCUUGGGAGUUGAAGCUCUUCAAGUGGAGUCUGACUCCAAGGAGGUCAUCAAUUAUAAACAGAGAUCGGCCAACAAAGCUCCUUUAGCCAUUCAGCCUAUUUCUCUCAGAUAUCAUUCACCUCUCUACUUGGUUCAAUUAUUAUAUUUUCUCCUUUAUUUCUAG